GUGGAAAUCUGAUAACCUCCGAAGGUCUCUAAUUAGCAACAAGUAGUUGAAAGCCGAUGCCGGGAUAGGAAACAGAAAAAAUAAUAACAAGUGAACAGAAUAGCAGCAGCAUACCUACAGAAACAAAUCGGAAGUUUGUAAAGAGCAAUAAUAUCUUGAAUCUAGCAUCUCUCAGCUGGAAAGUGUGUUGGGAAAAAACAGGGCGCAGUGUUUGAAGGAAAACAACAAAAAUCAAAGGAAACAGCAAAAGUGCAUCGACUGAACAAACGCAAUCAUCCACUUGCGAACCGAAGCAAAGUGUGUUUGUCUGUGAGUUUCAUUUGAAAGCCUUGUGACCUCCACCGGGACAGUGCAGAAAAUUAGCAGAAGCACCAGAAGCAGCAGCAGCAACAUGUGGAAAUCAACGGCAGUGAUACUGAUGGCGACGGCGGCAGCGGUACUUUUCAUCGAGGCCAGCUAUGCAAAAGAGGCCAUACCCGCUCUGGUGGAUACAGAAGCCUCCGCCCGACAAAGUAAAGCCGUAUCGACGCAUUGUCCCCGGUCAUGUCCCCCGGCAGCAACACCAGCAGAUCCGGUCUGUGGAUCGGAUGGGCUUAUCUACGCCAACAUAUGCGAAAUGAAGAAGAAAACCUGUACCAAAAACGCACCGAACAGUGUUACCGAGGAUAAGGUGGGCUGCGAAAGGGCCCAGGGGUCUCAGUGCAGUCAUCGCUGUCCAACGGAGAAGGAUCUGGUGUGCGGAACCGAUGGCCGAACAUAUCUGAAUCGCUGUAUGCUGCGAGUGCAAGCCUGUCGAGUGGGAACUGCUGCGGUGUCGUUGGCUCACGUUGGACCUUGCGCAAACGGAAGCAUCAUUCGGGAAUCAUGUCCAGUCGAUUGCAAUAGUGCCCCUCAAGAUGGACCAGUUUGCGCAUCAGAUGGUAAUGUAUACAACUCCACGUGCCAGAUGAAGUUGAUCACAUGUGGACAGGGUGUCGUACGAACUAGCCGCAAGCAUUGCCAGAGCACUCGCAACUGUCGAGAAUCGUGCUGGCGAGUUGCCCGACCAACUUGUGGAUCCGAUGGCCGUUUGUAUGCCAGCGCUUGUAAAAUGCGAUCAUCCAACUGCGGCAAGCACGUCUUCGAAGUUCCAAUCUCGUUCUGUAUGGCCCAGGAACGUACCGGCGGAAGCUCAGCAGCUGCUACCAAUAAGAUCGAAGAUUGCCCAACGGAUUGCGCUCGGGAAGCUCAGCAAAUGAUCUGCGGAAGUGAUGGAAACGUGUACACCUCGAUGUGCGAACUAAAGAUGUUGAACUGCGGACAACGGAAAAAGAUCCAGGUCGUCGGUAUCGAACGGUGCAAGCAGAAGUUGAGCCGCUGCAAGUCCAUCCCAGCCUGCAAGCACCACAAUAAGAACAGUGCCUCGAUUUUUGGCGAUCAGAAGGAUCUGCUGUGCGGUACUGAUUCACGGACUUACAACAACGAAUGCGAACUGGCGAGAGCUACUUGCCUACGUGGAGUCCAACUCGCUCACAUUGGAGCCUGCACACAGUUGAAGACUAAGACAGAUCUGGUCGAUUGCUCGAGCUGCACCUACGAAGAGGAUCAGAUUGGUCCCAUUUGCGGCUCCGACGGAAACACCUACCGAUCAAGCUGCGAACUGAAACAGAAGACCUGCGGUCUCCGAGUUGUGCCAGUUUCCCUCAAGAAUUGUGCCACCACUGCUCACUGUGAAGCAAACUGUGAAACCGAAGCCACCAGCUACAUCUGCGGCUCUGAUAAUAAGCUCUAUCCGAACGAAUGCUACAUGCGAAAGGAGAAUUGCGGCAAGCACAUGUUCGUCGUACCAAUUAAGCGCUGUUUGGCGGCCUUCACAUUCAAGGGCUGUUCGCGAAUGUGUCCGCAGGAGUUCGAACCAGUGUGCGGCACUGACGGCAAAACCUACUCCAACGAUUGCUUCCUCAGCAUUGAAAGCUGUCGAUCGCGAUCUCUGGUUCACAAGAAACACGAUGGGCCAUGCGGAAGGCCCGAAGAGCCGUCGCAUAACUACUUGUACUAAAUACCGAAACAAAUGCCAACAAAUCAGUUUCUAAGCCCACUUUUCCCAAUCCCGCCUUUUCUUCUCUUGUUCAUUGCCACGAGCUGUCCUUAUCUUAUGUCUGUAGAGUUAAGGCUGUUUAGAAAGUAGUUAUUAAUCGAAACUUACCGUAUUGUACUAAAGUUUUAGGACAGGCGGUCAAUUGGUUUGACCUACGAAGAAGAAUAUGACUGCCAGAAUAUUUCAAAUUGAAAAGUACUGAGAAAAACAAGACUUGAACCACCAAUUUUCGACGCACAUUUUCUGGUAAAAUUUAAACUUUUCCUAUCAAAAGUCUAAUUUUUUACUUUCUUCUUCUAGUAGACUAUUUUUAACGAACAAAUUUUAGACAAGCAAAUGAGCAAAAUCACCGAAAGAGCGGAAGUUACACCGCCCUUUUAGUUAGUAAUUAGUUCAAAUGAGUAAGAUUUAGUUUAGGUUAUUCAUGUAUAGAAGAGGUUCUAAAAACAAAAACAAAUCGAAUCAUUUAUUGUUUUUAACUUAUUCAGCAUGUAGUCAAACGAAACGUCCCCCGAGGACGACUAAAUUAUUGAACUGUAAUUUAUUAUCGGCGAGAAAAAAACGAAAGAAGAAAUCACGCACAGCUUCGAAAGUCAGAAGAUCCACAACUUCGGUGGGAUACUCGCUCGAACGAACGGCAUAACUUAUUGAGAAAUAAAAUCAUUUUACAAAGAAUAACUAUAGGAUAGCACACAUAUCCUAUCUUUAAUGUUUAAAAGAAUAUAAUUAGUACUGAAAGUGUUACGAAGAUGCGAAGUGAUGCUACAAAUGCUGACAAACCAUUGCGCCAGGAUUCGAUGGUAAAGAUCGUAGGAGACGACUGCGAGAGGAGAGCGAGUUUGCUUUUUCUGACGUAGUGUUAUUAAAUUUUCUGAAAUAACAAAUAAACAAAAACUAAAAUCUGAAA